AUGGCGGCUCCCACAGCGGCGGCGCCCAUUCCGGCGCCGAGCAGCAACAGCAGCAGCAACAGCAUCAGCAACAGCAACAGCAGCAGCAGCAGCAACAGCAGCAGCAGCAGCAGCAACAAACGCUUUCGUGGGAAGCGUGCUUGGGACCCGCUCGACUUUGAAGGCCCCCUGCGUCCUCUUCCUGGUUUACUUCAGGUGUCUGUACACCGCACGCGGGAAUUGUUUAGAGCAAAUGAAGGUCUUCGAGCUCCUCCGUUUGCUGCUGCUGUUGAGCUGUCUCUUCGUCUUAAGCUUAAAGAUGAGUAUAACUUCGAGACGCUGCAGCAAUCUGCUGCUGCUGCUGCUGCUGCAAAAGCAGCAGUAGAAAAGGCGAAGGGAAGCCAGCAUCACAUGCUGCAGCAGGGACAAGAUAAACCAGCAGCUAUAACCGACAGUACACCACCGUUUGCUGCUGCUGCUCCUGCUGCUGCUGCUACUUCCGUGGCUCCCGGGGAGGGAGCAGCAGGCUCAUCAUCAUCGUCAGCAGCAGCAGCAGGAGGCUCAGCAGCAGCAGCAGCAGGAGGCGCAGCAGAAGUAGGCCGUGCACCCGUUGGUGCUUCAAUAUCUGAGUUAAUUCAUAUGUUAUCCCCGUACGCGAACAGCAGCAGCAGCAGCAGCAGCAGCAGCAGCAGCAGCGUGAUAGAUGGCUCAUCUUCCGCGUCUGCUUCCCCAUCUUCGACAGCAGCAGCAACAGCAUCAUCAUCAUCAUCAUCAGCAUCAGCAGGAGCAGCAGGAGCAGCAGGAGGAGACAUAUUAUCAGGAGUACGUUUGGUCGGUGCUGCUAGUUUGCUGCGGCCUUUAACCCCCUCCUGGCACCCCCCUUGGGUGCUGCAGCAAGUUAUUAGCGGACACUUAGGCUGGGUUAACUGCAUUGCUGUUGACAGCAGCAACAGCUUCUUCGUCUCGGGAGGCAACGACCGCCUUAUUAAGGUCUGGGACUUCCCAAACCCCAGGCUUAAACUCUCUCUUACAGGACAUGUCUCGUCUUUGAGAGAUAUAAAAAUAUCUGAUCGCCACCCUUACCUCUUCAGCUGCGGAGAAGACGGGAGAGUGAAGUGCUGGGACUUAGAACAAAAUAGAGUUGUCAGAGACUACCAUGGUGUAUAUACAUUGGCGCUGCACCCUUCAUUAGACAUUUUAUGCUCUGGAGGGAGAGACGCCGUAGUGCGUCUGUGGGACUUGACUGCUGGGAAGUGCGAAGCCACACUCACAAACCACAAAAAGAGUGUCCGCUCGCUGGCUCUUCAUCCGACUGAAUACUCCUUUGUUACUUGCGGCGCAGACAAAGUUAAAGCCUGGCGGUGUCCUCUUGGGGCUUUUGAGCGAAAUAUUGAGGGUUUAAAUGCAAUUCCCAAUUGCUGCGCCAUUCGCAGCGAAGGAGACAAAUCCUCCCUUGUGGUUGGAAGCAACAACGGGCAGCUUCAUUUCUGGGACUGGCGUUCUGGGUACAAGUAUCAAACUUUGCAAUCGCGAGUUCAGCCAGGGUCUUUAGAGAGCGAAAACGGGAUAUUUUGCUGCACGUUUGAUAAAUCUGAGACAAGACUCAUCACAGGAGAAUGCGAUAAAACCAUCAAAAUAUGGAAGAUCGACGAAGAAGCAACAGAGGAGACACAUCCUCUGAGUUGGAGAAACAGCAGAGACAGCCGAAAGGCUAUUGCAUUUUAG